AUGUAUUCUGGUGUUCUUUGUGCAAUUCUGAUGUUUGCUUGUGUGUACGCACAAGUUUCCAUACCACCGGGCUACAAAAAUAAGUAUCCGCAGUAUUAUUAUUCAAAGCAAGCCCGCCAUACCAGAGAUGUGACGUGGGAUACACAAGUGGGUAAAGGAAAAGUCUUCGGCACACUUGGCGACAAUGAACAGGGACUGUUUGGCAAAGGCGGUUACAAGCAAGAAAUAUUCAAUGAUAACAGAGGAAAGCUAGAAGGCCAAGCGUAUGGCUCCAGAGUGUUAGGACCUAAUGGAGAUAGCAGCCAUCUUGGAGGAAGGCUUGAUUGGUCUAAUAAAGAUGCUAAAGCAGCACUAGAUCUUAGUAAGCAGAUUGGAGGGCGUACAAGCGUAACAGCCACAGGUUCUGGGGUUUGGAACAUCGAUAAGAACACUCGUAUCUCUGCUGGUGGUGCCAUAUCUCAGGAACUAGGGCGUGGUAAACCCGACAUUGCUGUGCAGGGUCAAUUCCAACAUGAUUUCUAAUUUGUCU